AUGGGGUGGCGACUGACAUGGCUGUGGUGUGUCUUGGCGGCACAUCUGGUCCAAGCUAAUGACGCAUGUGUCCGCAUCCGUCAGAACUCUCUUGCCUUCUGCUCCAUGGUGGACUACGCGGCAGUGUUGGACGUCGCCAUCGACCCCACAGGAUCCAUUGCCGAUGCCGAGGCCAAGACUCACUACGACAGUGUCGACCAGAUUCUUCUUCGUUUUGGCUGCAGCACCACGUACAGCAUGUACACGUGCUCGGACUGCCGGGACGCAUACAAGUAUUGGGUUUGCGCCGCCAAGUUCCAAAAGUGCGGCGGCAUCGCCCACAACAUCACGGCCACUUGCCCUCCCUGGAAUCCCCGCAAUGCAAUCAACGACACGGCCUCAUCCACGUGCGACCUCGUCACUCGCGCUCGGGCACGCCUUCGUUAUGAACGAUCGCCCAGGCUUACUGUGUGGUUUGGGUAUAGAUGUGUGUAUCUCUGUGUGAAGAUGUCGUGAGGAAGUGCCCAUUUGUGCUCCAGUUUCAAUGUCCUGACGUGGACACGCCGUACUUUUCCAGGAAUAUAGCCACGUGCAAUAAGCUUGUAAGUGAACCUACAGAUCCUGGUUCACAGCUGUGUAAUUGCAUCUACUUACUGUUAGGACCGAGUUGCGCACCCCGAAGCCCCAGAACUGCCGUGGCCUGGCUCGUUCAGUGACAAGGUUUAACGUACUGUAUCCCAGUUGAACUCGGAGCUAAUGAAUUCGAAAGUACUGUUGCAAUGCAUA